AUGUGGAGUCCACUGUAAAGAGAAAAAGGUUAUAAAUUGGCAAGUUGUUGUCUGACCAAGUUCAAAUCCUUCUCCAAGUUCCUCCAGCAGUGUUUUGUGUUUGUGUGUCAAGGGAAAAUCUCUACGUGGGUGGAAAAUGCAGAAAGUACCCAGCAUCGUGUUGAACAAUGGCAAGAAAAUUCCGCAGCUUGGACUCGGAACUUGGGGCUCUCCACCAGGAGAAGUUACGCGCGCCGUAAAGGAAGCAAUUGAUCUGGGCUACCGUCAUAUUGAUUGUGCCUUCGUCUAUGGGAAUGAGCAGGAAGUCGGUGAGGGUUUAGCAGCCAAGAUUGCCGAUGGAACGGUGAAGCGUGACGACGUUUUUGUCACGAGUAAGCUGUGGAAUACCUUCCAUAGCCGCCAUCUUGUUCGUCCAGCUCUUGAGGCGUCUCUGAAGAAUUUGGGACUGGAGCAGUUGGACCUCUAUCUCAUCCACUGGCCUAUGGGCUAUCAAGAAGGUGGAGAUAUUUUCCCCAAGGAUGCCGAUGAGAAGACUCUCUUCUCUGACGUUGAUUACAUUGAGACAUGGAAGGGCAUGGAGGAUUGCUUGAAGGCUGGACUCACGCGUAGCAUUGGGUUGUCCAACUUCAACAUUCGUCAGGUUGAACGUGUACUUGCUAGUGCAACGGUGAAGCCAGUGAUGAAUCAGAUUGAGUACCAUCCGUACCUCCAUGACAAGGAACUCAGUCAAUUCUGCCGCUCAAAGGGCAUUGAGAUCACCGGGUACAGCCCUCUUGGUUCUCCGGCUCGUCCGUGGGUCAAGUCGGACGAUCCGGUUCUCCUUGAGGAACCCAAAGUCAUCGAAGUGGCUAAACGCAGCGGCAAGACCGUGGCGCAGGUCCUCAUUCGCUGGCAGCUGCAACUUGGUCACAUCACCAUUCCCAAAUCCACGAAUACGAAGCGUAUUCAGGAGAAUUUCGAUGUGUUCGACUUUGAGCUGUCGCAGCAGGACAUGGAUGACCUUUCAAGCCUCCACAGGAAUGAGCGCUUCGUCCCGAUGACCAUGUGUGCUGGUCAUAAAUACCACAGCUUCGAGAAUAACGAAUUUAAGGAUUAAAUAGCAUGCAGCUUAAGAGAAAACGUUCAUUGGCACAACAAGAUGAGGAAUUUCAACACAAUUUGUAUUAAUUUGAUAUUUUCUUUUGCAAUAAAGUCGAAUUGUAACGGAUAAAA